AUGGACCCAAUCAAGUACAUCUUCGAGAAGCCUGCUCUAACCAGUAGAGUAGCCCGUUGGAAAAUGGCUUUAAUUGAGUAUGACAUCCAACAUGUCACUGAAAAAUCUAUCAAAAAGACUGUAUCGUCCGACUAUCUGGCACAUCAACCUUUGGAGGACUACUGGUCUACGCGCUUCGAGUUCCCCGACGAGGACAUCAUGCUGAUAAGAGACUACAACAUACCUGAACCUGAGGAAGGACUAGAACCUGGAGCCCGGUGGACUCUGGUAUUUGAUGGAGCUUCUAACACUCAUGGCAAUGGCAUUGGGGAAAUCAUCACCUCCCUAACAUGUUCUUACUUACCCUUCACUGCAAGGUUGUGUUUCAAAUGUACUAAUAAUAUGGUAGAAUACGAGGCAUGUAUCUUCGACAUUGAAGCUGCGAUUGAUCUUAGGAUCAAAAUUCUUGAAUUCUACGGAGAUUCAAUCUUGGUCAUCAGCCAAGUCAAAGGAGAUUGGGAAGCUCGAGAUCACAAGCUCAUCCCUUACAAGGAGCAUGUCCUGAAACUGAUCUAA